CUGCAUUCCGACUUCCCCACGGCAUUGGCAUUUGCAUUCAUCAUGGCAAGCUUGCGAACCCCAGCUCUCCGGCAUGUGGUAUCCGGUGCAGCUCCAUAUCUGCGUGCUACCCAACGAAGAUGGGCACAAGUGCAUGACGUUAGAUUUUUGGCCACUCAGCAGUCAGACAGAAUUCUGGCCAAAUACAAGGAGAAACUAGACAGGAAAGCAAAGGAGGAAGGUCUCCGAGACAUUAAUGAACUGAAAGAAGUCUACAAAGACAAGAUUCAAACCCUCAAAAAGAAGGCUGCAAUACAAAUACCGAUAGCCACUCCACCUCCGGCAGAAGCAACAACACCGAAAUCGACAUCACCUUUUCCGCCACCUCCCCCUCCUCCACGAAUACCAAACGAGAAAGCCCCUUCUUCGACGCCGGGCAUCAAAACACUCUCCUCAUACUUAGACAUAGAAAAGACCCGCGCUUUGCCACAGAAAGAGCUAGAAGCAAUUUGGCGCCUACGGCAUGUGAAUGAUGCCCAAUCACUCUGUGCCGUUAUUCCACUCGAUGUAUACAGGACAAUCGAAGCUACUGCAAAGCAGCAUCCUCAUUUUAUUCUUCCUCUGCCAAAGGAGGGCCAAGGGGCUGAAAUACAUUUCCUGCAGUGGGCAUUCCCUGCGGAAAACACAGUGACCGUGUUAUUCACUCAUUUGGCAGAAUACAAACUGAGAGGGGAGUUUAGUCAACCACAUACAACAAUUACGCAUCAUCUAGAAUUAGCACAAGACAAGGGAUUAGUACUGCUGCAAGGACAAGUUGUUGAAGGAAGAGGAGUGAGUGUGGAUGAGGCAAAAUGGUUGGUCAUGUGCCUUCAAAAGUUCUACGGGGUCGGAGGAGAAAAGAGUGAAAGGAGACGGCUGUUGGAGUUAUUCAGAAAUGGUGAUCCAGAGUUUAGAGUCGAGGACUUGGUAGAAGAGGCGGAGAAAGUUGUGUAAGAAAAUAUGAAUGGCAUGAGGGUAUGAUUGUACAUGUACGGCCAUAAGAUAUAGAAAUGGUUCGGCGUUUAGCAUCUAAAGGAACACACCUGGCGAGAAAGAGCCUAUCACUUCUAAG